UUUUCAUCAGUAAGAAAUUUCAAAAACUAGACAAACACAAAAAAGAAAUGCCAAAUGGCCCUUACAUAUCACAGAUAAACACUUGAACAUUAGCUUUAUAGCUGCCAACGUGCAUGCAUCUCUUCCAAAACAGUGGAGAGGGGUUGGUUCUUUUCUUCUUCAGCCUUUAUCUUGAUGAAACUCCUUGUAAUAGCCAGCUUAUCCAUGGCCUCUGCUGCAAACAUCACCACAGAUCAGGCAGCUCUUCUUGCUCUAAGAUCCCACAUCACAAGCGAUCCCUAUGGCAUUAUAACAAACAAUUGGUCUGCAACUACCUCAGUCUGCAACUGGGUUGGCAUAGUUUGUAGUAUUAAGCACAACAGAGUCACAAGCUUAAAUUUUUCUUACAUGGGUCUCACGGCCACAUUUCCUCCUGAAGUGGGAACUCUCUCUUUCCUCACUUACAUUACCAUCAAGAACAACAGCUUUCAUGAUCCACUUCCAAUGGAGCUCAUCAAUCUGCCUCGGUUGAAACUACUCAGUAUUGGAAACAACAACUUCGGUGGAGAGAUUCCAUCAUGGUUAGGGCGACUGCCGAGAAUGGAGAAGCUGUAUCUUUGUGGGAAUCAAUUCUCUGGCUUCAUUCCCACCUCCCUUUUCAACUUAACUUCGCUUCUAAUGCUUAAUCUUCAGAUGAGUCAGCUUUCGGGAAGCAUACCGAGAGAAGUUGGAAACCUGACGAUGCUGGAAGAUUUAUAUCUCGACAGUAAUCAGCUCACGGAAAUUCCAAGGGAGAUUGGGAAACUUCAACGGCUGAAGACAUUGGUCAUUGAGUUUAAUUUAUUUUCAGGGCCGAUUCCUUCGGCCAUAUUCAACCUUUCGUCUCUAGUCACAUUGGGCCUAUCAGGGAAUAACUUCACCGGCGGGCUUCCGGAUGGUAUCUGUGAAGAUCUUCCGCUGCUGGGAGGAUUGUAUUCGUCUUACAAUUCUCUCUCUGGCCAACUUCCUUCCACGCUGUGGCGCAGUGAAAAUCUCAUUGAUCUAUCAUUGUCAUAUAAUCAGUUUACAGGAAGCAUACCCAGAGCUGUAGUAAACUUAACCCGGGUGACACGGAUCUUCCUCGGAGCCAACCAUCUGUCAGGUGAGAUACCUUAUGAAUUGGGUUAUCUUCAAAACCUUGAGUAUUUGGCGUUGCAACAGAACUUCUUCAAUGGCACAAUACCAUCGUCAAUCUUCAACCUUUCAAAAAACUUAAGUACCAUUGCUCUAGUUGAGAAUCAACUUUCUGGAACUCUCCCACCAGACCUCGGUGAUGGCGUUCCUAAUCUUGUCCAACUUGUUUUAGGAAGAAACAAGCUCACUGGAACCAUUCCUGAAUCUAUCAUCAAUGCUUCUAAGCUCACUCUAUUCGAUGUUGCAGAAAACUCAUUUUUCGGGUUGAUUCCCAGCGUUUUUGGUAAAUUCAAAAACCUCGAGUGGAUAAAUUUGGAGCUCACCAACUUCACCACUGAAUCUCCCCCUUCAGAAAGGAGUAUUUUUAGUUUUUUGACCAAUUUAACGAGCUUGGUAAGAUUGGAAUUAUCACAUAAUCCUCUAAAUAUCUACCUUCCGAAUUCCAUUGCAAACUUCUCUAGUUCAUUUCAGUAUUUUUAAAUGGUAAACACCGGAAUGAAGGGUCAAAUUCCUAAAGAUAUUGGUAACUUCUUAAGAGCAUUGACAGUCCUAAUUAUGGAUGACAAUCAAAUCACUGGAACCAUUCCGGCUUCAAUAG